CUCAUCUCAUCUAUAGUUGUGCAAAAUUAUUUCUUGUUUCCUCAUCACAUCAAUGCAAUAACUAAGCUAAGGCUGGAUCUAUUCUUCACCAUCAUUAUUUCUUGUUCAAUCCAUUUGAGCAAUAAGCAGAUGAGAAGAUUGAAAUCGAGUCCAAACUAAGUGAAUAUUGUCAGGUGACAAUCCAAGCAUGCAGUUGAUGAGCUAGGGUGCUACAGCUUAUAUUAGCUAUAUAGCUUGCAACAAUUCAAGUUGUGAUGGAUGAUAUUGAGUCGGUUGAAGAGCGCAUCAGUAAUGAUCAGCACAUAAGACGUACUACCCGUAUCGUUACCAGUAUCACCUCACUUGAUGAUGAUGGUAUACCCCGGCCGCCACUAUCUAACUUCUCCCCCUUUUUAUUACCAAAGGCCUCACUUGAUGAUAUCACUAUACAACCUCGUGUGGUUGUGGAGAGGUGGUGCAACACUCAAGGCAAUACUCUAACUCAAUCACAAAUACAAGCGAUGAAAAGUGCUACUUUACAGUCUCUUGUGAAACCGAUAUGGGAUCUACCAUCACCACUCCCUAACGUCUCAUCCACCUGGGAUUAUUGUUUUCCUUUUAAGAAUGAAAUGAUCGGACUCAAAGAUGGAUAUGAUAAAAUAAUGGGCAUGCUCCGAGGCCGGGGGCACAAGGAACGACAAGUCAUCUCAAUUGUUGGAAUGGGUGGUGCAGGGAAAACCACUUUAGCUCAAAAAGUUUAUAAGGAUCUAUCAGUUUUGAUUAAGUUUGACAUUCUAACAUGGAUCUAUGUAUCUGAAGGAUUCAGUAGAAGCCAAGUACUUUUGAGCCUUUUACGAUGUAUUGCUUCAUGGAACACCGAAAUCCCCCAAGGAGACGAUACUGUUGCUCUGCUAGGAUUACAGGUCCGCAGGAGUCUGAUAGGCCAAAGGUAUUUGAUUGUGAUUGAUAAUCUUUGCAGUACACAAGUAUGGGAUGACAUUCAAACAUAUUUUCCUGACAAUAACAAUGGAAGUCGAGUUCUGAUAACUACUCGAAUACAGCAAGUGGCUGAAAAUGCUUCCUCAUCAAAAGCAUUUAUUUACCAUAUACGUUUUCUAGAUCCAGUUGAAAGCUGGAAUCUAUUUGUUAGGAAAAUGUUUAAAAUAGGAGUUUGUCCACAAGAACUUGAGCCAAUUGGGAGAAAAAUUGUUGAGAAAUGUGGUGGAUUACCACUAGCAAUUGUUCUGAUUGCCGGACUUCUCAAAAGGCAUGGCAUAAUACCAGAGCAGUGGGAGGAUUUUGCUCAAAAUAUUGAUUCAACAUUAAUGGGAAUGGACUCUCAUUCAGUUUCAGGGGUACUUGCAUUGAGCUACAAUAACUUGCCAACCUACCUGCAAACUUGUUUGCUAUAUUUGGCAAUUUUUCCUGAGGACAGUGACAUUGAUGUCAAGAAAUUGAUGAAAUUAUUGGUGACUGAGGGAUUUUUAGAGCCGGAAAUGGGUAAGAGUUUGGAAGAGGUAGCAAUGGAUUACUUGAAUGAUCUUAUCCUCAGAAAUCUAGUUCAAGUUGUGAAGCAAAGUUUUGAUGGGAAAGUCAAAUCAUGUAGGCUUCACGAUUUGCUACGUAACUUUUGCUUGAGGAAAGCACAAGAAGAGAAGAUGUUGGUUGUUAGUAAUGAAUAUAGAGAUGAUCUUGUUGGAACAGAAGAACAAUCAUCAAAACUUGGCUGUUGUUGGAUGAGUUGUCAAUCCCGUCGUUGGCCAAUUACUCCAAGUUCUUUGAAUUAUAAUUGGGGUAAAAUCCGUUCCCUUCUCUAUUUUGGAAAAGAUUUAUACCUUAGAAAGUGCAGGUUCAUAUUUCCAUGUCUCAAAUUGUUAAGAGUUUUGGAUUUAUCUCUAAUAAAAUACUGGAACGGAAUGCCCAAUGAAAUUGAAAACUUAAUUCAUUUGAGAUAUUUAGCUUUAACCACUACAGGUUCUCUUUAUAACUUUCAAUUGUUUAAACUCCAAAGUUUGCAAACUCUCAUUCUCUCGUCAUGGAUGGAAGAGUGUCAUUUGCAACUACCCAAUGAUAUUUUGGAUUUGCCUUGGUUAAGGCAUGUGUGCCUUGACAAGGGAUCUUCACUUGAUCUCCCAAGCUCAGUUCAAGAAAAUCUACAAACUCUUUUCUGGUUGAAAGUUGCUAGUUGGAACUCAAAACACCUGGAUUUCACAAGGGUUCCAAAUUUGAAGGAAUUGGGGAUUUACAUUGAAGGUGAAGUGUCGAGUGAUGCUCUUGAUAGUCUUGCUCAGUUAUAUCAUCUUGAGAAGUUAAAAUUUGAAUUAGGAAGGGUCGAGCACUUUUGUCUCCCAAAUUCUUUUCCACUGAAUCUCAAGAAGUUGACUCUUUGUAAGACCUAUCUUUCAUGGGAGGAGAUGGAUAUUAUUGGCAAACUUCCCAAUCUUGAAGUACUCAAGCUAAAAGAUUUUGCCUUUUGUGGCCCAGUGUGGAAAUCAAGUGUUGAGACGUUUCGUCGAUUAAAGUUCUUACUUGUUGCUCAUUCCGAUCUCGAACAUUGGGAUUUAGAUAAAGAUGUGUUCCCAGUUUUGGAGUGCUUAGCCUUAAGAUGUUGCUGGUACUUGAAAGAACUUCCAAGCGCUUUUGCACGGAAUUACCGUCUUCGAUUAAUCGAGUUAAUCGAUUGUUGUCCUUCUCUUGUGAAUUCUGCAAAGAUGAUUCAACGAGAGAUUAUUGAAAUCGAAAAAUCUGAACGUCUUCUUAUUCGACAUUUUUUAACUGAGGACAAAUUGCCAAAGGAUGAAAGCUCUAAAGAAGAGAGUAAAUAUGCAAUAUGAUUGUUUUGUGAUUGAGCAAAACUUAUUUAGGCAAGGUAAUCAUAUAGAAGCUAUAAUGAGGCAAGAUUCCCAGAAAUAUAUAUGCCCCUCCCUGCUGGCUGAAGUCGAGGUUCUCAUUUGCUUACCUGGUAUCAAAAUGAUGUUUCAUUGAGUUGCUGAUGUUGCAGUUGAUGAGUUAAUGUUGGAAUUUGUCUGUCAAUGCGAUGGUUUUCAUUAAGAUUAAUUGUUCUUCUGGUCUGAUCUGUUUCUUAUUUGGAUUCCUUGAAGGGUUAAUGUUGUUGAAUGUUAUCUGUCAAAAUGAUAUUUCUUCCGGGUUGUUGGCCAACCAUUUGUUUGAUAAUGUAUUGAACUAAGAGAAUGUUAUUAAUAAUUAAAUUGUGUAUUGUGUCUUUAAUUA